GAAAAAAUUACCAAAUGAAUCCCUUUCACGCUUGGGCACCCCUCCGGGGAUGGGGCUGGGAGAAUAUUUAACGAUCACGAACGGUCAGCUGUCAUACCCAGUCACACACGUGAAACAUGGCGGAUGCUUUUGGUGAAGAUGAUAUCUUUGCUGUUUUCGAAGACGAUUCGGACAUAAAAUCCGACAAAAACAAUAAAAAAGGGAAGAAGGAAACUGCUGGUCCAUCGACGUCCACAGGAAAGUCAAGUAGUGGGGAAAAAAGAGAAUUUACACCGGAUGUUAUCGACCUCGAUGGUGCUGGAGCGAAGAAAGUAAAAGUUGACGAUGUAGAUAGUCUUCUGGAGACAAUUCCCCGUGUCAAUGUCUUAAAUGUUGAAACUAUCGAAGCCUGUACUCAUGAGGUGGCAGUUCCAGAAGGAUGUGAAUAUGUCCCAUUAGAGAAGAAGGCAACAAAACCAGCCAAGGAGUAUCCUUUCAUAUUGGAUCCCUUUCAGAAAGAGUCUGUGAAAUGUUUGGAAAACAAUCAGUCAGUCUUAGUGUCUGCUCAUACAUCAGCUGGAAAAACAGUUGUGGCAGAGUAUGCUAUUGCAAUGUCUCUUAAGAACAAGCAGAGAGUAAUUUACACUACACCUAUCAAGGCUCUCAGUAACCAAAAAUACCGUGAGUUGUAUGAGGAGUUCCAGGAUGUUGGUCUUAUGACAGGAGAUGUGACAAUAAAUCCCAGUGCAAGUGCCUUAGUCAUGACCACAGAGAUUUUGAGAAAUAUGCUGUACAGAGGCUCUGAGGUCAUGAGGGAAGUAGCGUGGGUUGUCUUUGAUGAGAUUCACUAUAUGCGUGAUAAAGAACGAGGUGUGGUGUGGGAGGAAACCAUCAUUCUUCUUCCAGACAAUGUACAUUAUGUGUUUCUCUCUGCUACAAUUCCAAAUGCCAGACAGUUUGCUGAAUGGAUUGCACACCUCCACAAACAGCCAUGUCAUGUGGUUUAUACAGACUUCAGGCCAACACCUCUUCAACAUUACAUUUACCCAGCUGGUGGAGAUGGUCUUUUCCUUGUUGAAGAUGAAAAGGGAGAGUUUCGGGAAGAGAAUUUUCAAAAGGCCAUGGCUGUUAUAAGAGAAGGAGGAACUGACCCACGGACCCUAAGAGGAAGGAAAGGGGGAACUAAAGGUCCUUCAAACUGUUUCAAAAUUGUCAAAAUGAUCAUGGAGAGGAAUUUCCAGCCUGUGAUUAUCUUUAGCUUUAGCAAGAAAGAAUGUGAGGCAUAUGCUUUGCAGAUGUCUAAACUGGACUUUAAUUCAGGUCAAGAGAAGAAGUUGGUGGAAGAGGUGUUCAACAAUGCUAUUGACUGUUUAUCAGAUGAGGACAAAACUCUUCCUCAGGUAGAACAUGUGCUUCCCCUGCUGAAGCGUGGUAUUGGCAUUCAUCACUCUGGACUUCUUCCAAUUUUAAAGGAGACCAUUGAAAUUCUCUUCUCGGAAGGGUUAAUUAAGGCUCUUUUUGCCACAGAAACAUUUGCUCUUGGUCUUAACAUGCCUGCAAGAACUGUUGUAUUCACAAAUGCCCGAAAGUUUGAUGGAAAAGACUUCAGAUUUAUCACAUCAGGAGAGUAUAUUCAAAUGAGUGGCCGAGCAGGAAGGCGUGGCAUUGAUGACAGAGGAAUAGUUAUUUUGAUAGUGGACGAAAAAAUGGGACCUGAUGUUGGAAAAGCAGUGUUAAAGGGCCAAGCAGAUCCACUAAACAGUGCUUUUCAUCUCACUUACAACAUGGUGUUGAACCUACUGCGUGUGGAAGAAGUAAAUCCUGAGAUUAUGCUGGAGAAAUCAUUUUAUCAAUUUCAGAAUUAUGCCUCUGUUCCUGGCCUGAUUGAAAAGCUCAAAGAUCUUGAAACCCAGAAGGAAUCUUUGGAAAUCCAAAAUGAAGAAUCUAUUAUGUCGUACUACAAAAUGAGACAACAGAUUAAGAGACUUGGGGAGGACAUGCUGGCUUAUGUUCAUCAACCUAAGUAUUGCCUGCCUUUUAUGCAACCUGGAAGGUUGGUCGAGGUUAAAAAUAAUGACAUUUACUUUGGAUGGGGAGUGGUUCUCAAUUUCCAGAAGAAAGCCAAUCAAAAGAGUGGUCCAACACAAGGGGAGACUUUGUAUGUGUUGGAAGUGUUGCUUAAUUGUUCCAGUCAGCCAGUGAAGUCUGCAGAUGGCGACACACCUCAGCCGUGUAGGCCUGAUGAAAAAGGAGAAAUGCAGGUUGUACCCAUUUUGUUACAAUUGGUGAAAGCAAUAAGCAGUGUCAGGCUGUACAUUCCUAAAGAUUUGAGGUCACUUGAUAGUAGACAGAGUGUUGGCAAAUCAAUCAAGGAAGUACAACGUCGAUUCCCAGAUGGCCUACCAAUGCUGGAUCCUAUAGAAGACAUGGGAAUCAAAGAUGAUGGAUUAAAGUCUGUUAUAAGGAAAAUAGAGAGUUUAGAGCAUAGAAUGUACACUCAUCCAAUGCACAAAGAUCCCUCUCUGAAAUCCCUGUACAGUUUAUGCGAGAAGAAAGCACAGAUUAUUGGUGAGAUUAAAACAGUCAAGAAGGAAUUGAAGAGAACGAAGACAGUUCUACAAAUGGAUGAACUGAAGUGUAGGAAACGAGUUUUGCGAAGGUUGGGAUAUGCCACAGCAUCUGAUGUGAUUGAGCUUAAAGGAAGAGUCGCUUGUGAACUGAGCAGGUCAGGAAAAAGACAUUUUCUUAACUUAGAAUCUGCACGUCGUAUUGGAAAGGUUUCUGAAGAAGCUAAACUUGAAAUAGACGUGGAGACGUAUGUGGAAUCCUUCAAACCUCAUAUCAUGGACGUGGUUUUUGCCUGGGCAAAUGGAGCCUCAUUCUCACAGAUUUGUAAAAUGACUGAUGCAUUUGAAGGGAGUAUUAUUCGUUGUAUGAGGCGGUUGGAAGAACUUUUGAGACAAAUGUGUCAAGCGUCCAAAGCAAUAGGAAACACAGAGCUGGAAAACAAGUUUGCAGAAGGAAUAAUCAAAAUCAAGCGGGAUAUCGUUUUUGCUGCCAGUUUGUACCUUUGAGAUGCGAAGAGGAAGUAUUUCCCUUACUUUUGUUGGAUCUGUACACGGAUCAGUAUUCCUUAUGUAUGAUGGACUGGAGAAAUCUUCAAAUACUUACUAGAAGGUCAACACGCAUAGACUAGAACUCACAAAGACUACCUUUCCCUCCUUGUACUCUUCGACAUCGCCAACUUUGUCUAAAAAGAAAACUUUUUGAUGAACAUUGUGGUGCUGUGAAAGGGACACUUCCAAGAAGCAACGAGAAAGAAUAUCAAAUUGAUGUUAGUUUCUAAGCAACUGCGCAGUUACUACUCCGCUAACCCAACAGAAGUUAACUGGUAACAAGUCAGAGUUAAUCUUGGGUGAGGCGGGGAGUGGGUGCGCUAUCUCAGAUGUUGGCAUUGAUCCAGAAUAUCUUGCUUUGACACGCCAUUCUUUCCUUUAUAAAUUUUGUAAAUAUUUAUUGUAGAGUUGUGAUUAAAUUAUGCCUUGAAAGUUGAA